CUCAGACUCAGAGCAGCGCUCCGUCCUCGCCAAGUGAUGCUCCUCGGCGGCGCACAUCGGUGGGUUAUCACCGCCCGCUGCAGGGAGGACCGCUCCGGCUUGUUUUUCUCCUCUGGAAACACGCGCUGAAGGACGACAGAACAUGGGAAUUUAACGGGGCUUGGGAGAGAGUGAGCUGGAGGAGGGUAGGACGACGAAGAAGCACUCAAGUCCCAUCCGAGAGAAGAGAAGGAGGAGGAGGAGGGGGACUCCGGGGAAACGGUCCCGCCGGGACGGGGGAACGCAGCGGAAGGUUUUGUGCUGUACAUAGUUUGAGAUGGACUAAAGGUGCAUGUUUUUGAUGUUUGGGUGUGAAGAAUAAAACCACAGGAUUUAAAGGAAGGGUUCUUGGAGUUGCGGUCUGUCGGUGCCUUUCUGUGUGUGAUGGAGUGAGUGAAAGAGAGGGCGCACGGUAACUUCAGCCUCGCCAUGAAAUCAGUGUUUUUCAGCCGCUUCUUCAUCCUGCUGCCCUGGGUCCUUAUUGUCAUCAUCAUGAUCGAUAUCGACAGUAAAAGGGCGAUCCGGGCUCCGGCAGCCAGCCGGACCGGCAGGGCGCAGCGGGCGGCCCGGACCGGCGCACCGGGAGUGGGUGGCAGCACCCAGAACCAGUCCGCUCUGCCCGUUAUCUACGCCAUCACACCGACUUACACCCGUCCGGUGCAGAAAGCGGAGCUGACCCGUCUGGCCCACGCCUUCCGCCAGGUGCCCCGGUUCCACUGGAUCGUAGUAGAGGACUCGACCUCGCGCACGGAGCUGGUGGCGCGCUUCUUGGCCCGGUGCGGCGUGCCGUACACGCACCUGCAUGUGUUCACUCCCCGCCGGUUCAAGCGCACCGGGAUGCCACGCGCCACCGAACAGAGGAAUGUGGCUCUCGCGUGGCUCCGGCAGCACCGGAGCAGGCGGGACGCCGGUGUGGUUUUCUUCGCGGAUGACGACAACACGUACAGCCUGGAGCUGUUUGAGGAGAUGCGCAGUACUCGAGGUGUUUCUGUUUGGCCUGUGGGAUUUGUAGGCGGUAGAGCAUAUGAGCGCCCCCUGGUGUCCGGAGGGAAAGUUGUGGGCUGGUACACCGGCUGGAGACCGGACCGACCCUUCGCCACCGACAUGGCAGGCUUUGCGGUGAACCUCCAGGUGAUCCUGGCGAACCCCCGAGCGCAGUUCAAGCGACGCGGAUCUCAGCCAGGGAUGCAGGAGUCCGACUUCCUCAAGCAGAUCACCAAGGUCACCGAGUUGGAGCCUAAGGCCAACAAUUGCACCCGGGUGCUGGUUUGGCACACUCGCACAGAGAAACCACACCUUGCAAAUGAGCCCAAACAUCGGAAAGACACUGUGGUCAUCGAGGUGUGAGAGGAAGAGCUGAGCAGCGGAUCCAUAACCAGACGCUGAUUGUGGCUGCCCAUCAUCUCUUGGCUGGGACUUACGACAGCACCCUGCUUCCUCUCCUUAUGGGGUUAAUACAGUCUGUUGAAAAUGGACAUGGACUCUGAGGAGCUGCAUGAUUCAAGACUUCUGGCUGUCUGUCAAACGUGCUUUGUGAGAACUGGACAACACUGAACAUGUUUGUUUUUCAAACUGGGAUGACUUGGACUGUUCAUUUCCUCCAUCCACAGCUUGUUAAUGUGAAAAACUACAGUAUAAAUGUUUAAAAAAUACCAUGUUGCUGAACUGGAAAGUGCCAUGUGAAUAAUUAAUGUCAUUUUAAUCAUUAAUACAUCAUUGUCAAAUUAACUGUGAUUCCGUGAUAUAAUUAUCAUACAAGCAGAUCAUGCCUGUAUCUUAUGGCAGUGGUAUUGUGAUGCUGUGUCUUUCACAGCAGAUAAGAAGAUUGAUAGCAAUUUCAUAUCUGUGCAUCAAGUACGAAGCUGGUAUCGGGAUGCCGUUAGCAUAAAGCUAGCUUAGCAGGAAGACUGUAACAGCUAGCCUGGCCCUCUCAAAAGUUUAAGAAUAUGCCUACCAGUACUAGCACAUAUUAGGACACUUUAUCUUGUGCAUUCAUCCCAAUGAAUGUUUAUAAAGAUGGACGACAUGACCGCUCCAUGUAUUAUUAAAGAGGACUGUAUACUGUGUUGGAGGCGGGGCCCCAUUCAUACCUAUGAAGUGGCUCAGUGUCGCGUGAAGUCGAAAAAGUUCAACUACCGCUCAUAAAAUUACCCGGAUUAUCAGGACUGCUUUUGCACUGUGUGGCCCAGAGAGGAGGUGCACCAGAGACUCCGCCAGCUGAGUCGGCUAAUUCCAGUUUAGCACUUUGCUAAAGUCGUGCAGCUCUGCUAGACCUCCAAAUGUUAUCGGAAUAAAUGGAUCAAAUUCUGAUAGUGAAAUGAGACAUUAAGUGGUGUGAUACUCAAAAACUGUAUUCGCUGAUACACAGACUUCUCUUUCUCUUUCCAUGUUAGUCUAUGGGGAAAAGUAUUUUUGGGAUGCAUGGGUUAUGGUAUGGAUGUAAGUCCACUGUUUGGCCACUAUGAAAAUGGGCUUCAAAGCCCAGGGCACAUCCUGGGGGCACGAACAGCUCCCCAAAAGUAAAGCUGAAACAUCUCAAUCCCUCCCUGGUGGCUGGCUGAAGUAAAGGUUAUAACCAUGCCCCCUCUAUGUUAGCACGGGCCAAACUAAAAGCUCAAAGUACACGUCAAGUAAGUUGUUCCCAAAGAUGGUUUCUGUCAUUUUAGGUAGUUCUAAACAGGCUGUUUGUUCAAGUGUUCAUUUUUCUGAUAAGUGUGGUUUUAAUUGGUUAUUUAACACUAUAAAACGGGAUAUGACGUUAUGAUUGUCACCUGUGUUUGUCAGUCAGUGUGCUUGUGAUCAGUGGCGCUGCUCAUGAUUGGGUCAGAUCAGUGUACGGGUGGGAACUCAAUAUCGCGGCUCCACUUCCUGAUGGCUACUGAGCAGACUCUGGCUCCGAAAGCACAAGAUGGCAGCUGCCAUAUCUGGGAUAUUUUGGCUUUAUUUUUAUACAGGGGAAAGAAGUGGAGACAUGUUUACCAUAUUUAUACAGUCUGUGAUUUAACCUGUACAUGAACAGAAAUUCAAAACUGACAAAUUGUGGUUUUAGGGAAAGUUACUUAGUGUAACACGUUCUUUUGGAGCAACAGCUAGGUGCAGCAACAGUGAGUCAGACAUGCUGUGCAGACAUACUGAUGGAUAAACUGGUGUUCACCAAGAAGUAUCUGCAGCAUGUAAAUUCCCUUUAAAAUAAAAAAUGUGAUUUUAAUAUUUCAAUUUCUUCAUGUUUUAAACAAACUAAAUACAGUUAAAGGGGCUGACAAAUGGAGUUAGAGAGAGAGCCAAGCUAGAUGUUUCCCCCUGCUUCUGUCUUCAUGCUAAGCCAGGCUUAACACAUCCCAACUCCAGCUCUGUAUGCACAUGAAAUUACAUGUUACAUGUUACAAUAACACCUCUCUCACUGAGCAAAUUAAAAUGUUUGAAGG